AUUUUCUCCGGAGUCUCAAAACAAUAGCUAGCUUCCAAUCUUCUUGUUGUGAUUUGUUCUUCAUUUCUCCAAUGAAGCAACCCACCACAAUGUCAUCAUUCAGGAAUCCUUUUUCUUUCCCUGUUUUAAUGGUUUAGGUUUCGUUGCUUUUUCCCUCACCUCUCUUGACGAACACACUCUUGCGUUUGGUAGGGUCUCUAUCUCCUCUUUCAGUGCUGUAUUUUGCCCCCAUUUUCGGGCUGUCUCGCAUUUCAGGCUUUUUGCAUUUCCUUUUGGUUCCUGAGGGGAAAAAAGAUAAGAUUCUGGGGUUUCUGUUUUUCUCUCUUUUAAGACCAUAGCAAGUUGUUUUAUGAGGUUUUUUUUUAUGUGGGUUUUUGAUUUUGUACAUGGGUUUUUGCGGAUUAUGUGGUAAGAAUAUUGGGUUUGCUGUGUUCGGACUUUGUUGACUGUGGUUUAUCAGCGACGGCUCUGUAAUUUGUUCAUUUUUUUUUUUUUUUUGUGAUUAUUUGGGUCGUUUCUGGUUAAGAUUGGUUUUCUUUUAUGCGAUAUUCUGUUGAAGUCUUCAAGAAGUGGGUUUUUUGAAGAUUGAUUUUGUGGAGCUACUCUUUUGGAAAUGAAAUUAUGAACUGGAGCAAUGGCGCUGUGAUCCCUUUUAUAUUUAUGAUUUAUGUAUGCUGAGUUGAUGAACAAUGAUCGAGAGAUAAAGUGAUUCUGGAGGUUUGUUUUGGUAACUCUGGUGUUGGUUACUUCUCGAAGGAGGAAACAUGGACAGAAUGAUUCAACCUCCUUUGGUUGAUACAACAGCUUGUUUAUGUAGAGUAGAUGCUGGCCUCAAAACUGUUGCAGGUGCAAAAAGAUAUGUACCUGGUACAAGGCUUUGUCUUCAACCUAGCAUUAAACCAUCUAUUCAUCCAACAAGAAACAAGCCAUCUCGUAGUGAUAGGAGCCGUAACCAAUACCCUCUGCUUCCGGGACUUCCAGAUGAUCUUGCUAUUGCUUGCCUGAUCCGGGUGCCUAGGGCUGAGCACCGCAAGCUCCGUCUAGUAUGCAAGAGAUGGUACCGACUUUUGUCUGGAAACUUCUUUUACUCACUCCGAAAGAGCCUUGGAAUAGCAGAAGAAUGGAUAUACAUCAUUAAAAGAGAUAGAGAUGGCAAAAUUUCAUGGCAUGCCUUUGACCCCAUAUACCAGCUUUGGCAGCCACUCCCUCCUGUCCCUAAAGAAUAUUCUGAAGCCCUUGGUUUUGGUUGUGCUGUCCUUAGUGGCUGUCACCUCUACUUGUUUGGUGGCAAGGACCCAUUGAAGGGGUCAAUGAGACGGGUUAUCUUUUAUAGUGCCAGGACAAAUAAGUGGCACCGUGCCCCAGAUAUGCUGCGCCGGCGCCAUUUCUUUGGAUCAUGUGUCAUAAACAACUGUUUAUUUGUUGCUGGUGGCGAGAAUGAAGGAGUGCAUCGGUCAUUAAGAUCAGCUGAAGUUUAUGAUCCCAACAAGAAUAGAUGGUCUUUUAUUUCAGAUAUGAGCACAGCAAUGAUGCCCUUGAUUGGUGUUGUUUAUGAAGGGAAGUGGUUCUUGAAGGGACUAGGACCUCAUCGACAGGUUCUGAGUGAAGUUUACCAUCCAGAAACUGACAGCUGGGGCCCUGUAUAUGAUGGAAUGGUCACAGGCUGGAGGAACCCAAGCACUUCCUUAAAUGGGCACCUUUAUGCUUUGGAUUGCAAGGAUGGAUGUAAACUGAGGAUUUAUGACAAAGUAUCUGAUUCUUGGAGUAAGCAUAUAGACAGUAAAAUGCAUUUGGGUAGUUCUCGGGCUUUGGAGGCUGCAGCCCUUGUUCCACUGAAUGGAAAGCUCUGCAUCAUUCGGAAUAACAUGAGUAUAUCACUGGUUGAUGUUUCAAAGUCAGACCAUCUAGGGGGAGCUACUGCUGAGAACUUAUGGGAAAAUAUUGCAGGAAAGGGUCAGUUCAAGACUUUAGUGUCGAUUCUUUGGUCCAGCCUUGCUGGAAGGAGCCGGCUGAAAAGUCACAUUGUCCAUUGUCAGGUUCUUCAAGCAUGAUACCCGUAAACUUUGUCCAGUUAUAUGGUUUUUCUUUUUGGCCAAGUCCAGUUAUAUGGUUUGCUCUAUAGUUUUUAUGCUCUUUUGGUAUCUCUUAGAGCCGAUGCAGUUGGAACUUGGAAGGCAACUAGCUUUCCCUGGGUGAUCAUUUUGAUUCACACAAUACUUUUUAUCAUCGGUUCUAAUUGAAGCCAAAGGAGCAUCUCUGUAUUAUUUAGCAGUUUUUGCUCGAUUGUUAGUGUUACAAAUAUUUAUAUGAACACAGUUGUUUCUUUUUGAAAAAUAUACAACGUCCUACCUA